AUGGAAAGCGAACAGGUAAUUUAUUAAAUGACAAAAUUUAGAAAGAGAAUUGCUCGCCUUUGUUGAAAUAAAGAUUUGAGCCCUUUUCAAUUGAAGAAACGAAAGAAAAUGUUGUAAUUGAAUAGGAAGACAAGUUUGAUUAAUUCAAGGACUUUGUGUUUGGAAUAUAAAUACAAAAGUGCCAGAGAGAUGUGUACUUGGAUGGGAAUGUGAAUCCGAUUAAUAAAUAGAACAAUUUCAUAAAAAACUCAAAAUACAAUGCAUUUACAUUUUUACCCUUAGUUUUGUUUGAACAAUUCCAUUAAUUUAUAAACUUAUUUUAUUUAGGUUUAACAAUAACUUAAUGCAUAAGUUUCUUAAAAGUUGGUAUAAUGACAUGCUAUUAAAGGAUUUUUAAUUGAUUAUUUAGGACCACUUGCUUUGGUAGUUGCAAUAUCUUUACUGAAGGAAUUGUACGACGACAUUCAAAGACACAUGAGGGAUCACCAGAUAAAUAAUUAUGAAUAUGGAUUAAUAACAGAAAAUGGAAUUCAAAAAAUAUCUAGUGGGAACAUUAAAGUAGGCCAAAUAGUAGAAGUUAAAUGUAAUGAGAGAAUACCUGCAGAUUUACUAGUAUUAUAUGCUGAGUAAAAAGAGAAAAAUAUUAUUUAAGUGAUGAAUAAGGAAACGUCUUUAUUAGAACAGAUUAACUCGAUGGUGAGACUGAUUGGAAAUUACGAAAAGCAGUAAAAGCAACUUAAAAUUUGAUUAAAAAUGGUUCAGAUCCUAGUUCAUUGAUAUCCUAAAAUAGUUAUGCUACAUGCCAGGAACCUAUAGCAAACAUAUAUUAAUUUUCUGGGUUGUUCAAUUAUAGAUAUCAAAAAGAAUCCUUAUCCUUGGAACAUGUAAUGUGGGCAAACACAGUUCUUGCAACAGGCAGGAUAUAUGGAUUAGUGAUAUUGAAUGGUAAGGAAACACGAAUGGCAAUGAAUAGUAAGACUCCAAAAACUAAAUUUGGUAUUCUUGAUGGUAAAUAAAUAUAUAAAUAUAAUUCUAGAUGAAAUAAAUUGGUUAAGCUUUUUGUUAUUUGUUAUGAUGUCUAUAAUGGCAGGGAUAGUUACUGCCUUUAGUGGUUAACCAGCAACAGCUAGCGUUGUUACAGUAGCAUAUAUAAGAUACUUAGUUUUGCUGAGUAACAUUAUACCUGUAAAGAUUUCAUUCAAAUCUAGAUAUCUAUGAGAGUAAACUUAGAAUUUGCCAAAUUAGUUUAUUCGUAUAAGAUAAAUAUUGACCCCUAAAUUGAAGGAACCAUAACGAGGAAUUCAAAUAUUCCAGAAUCUCUAGGCAGAAUUCAAUAUUUAUUAAGUGAUAAGACAGGAACUUUGACCUAGAAUGAUAUGAUUUUUAAAAAACUGUCAUUGGCUUCAGCUCAAUUUUCAGAGGAAGACAAAGAGGAAAUGAAAAAAAUACUUAUUGAGUAAUGCAAAUUAAAUGAAUACCCUUUAUAGGAUGUAGUAAACUUUUUGAAUAAAAAUAAUUCUAAAUUAAGACUUAAAAGAGAAAGAGAUUAAGUGUUUAGAGAUUUAAUGUUUGCAUUAUGUUUGUGUCAUAACGUAACUCCAAUAUAUGAUGGAGAGAAUCCGAAGACCUUUUAGGCCUCAUCUCCCGAUGAAAUUGCUCUUGUAAAGAUAGCAGAAGAAAUAGGAAUCGAACUAUUAUCUAGAGAUUAGAUUCAAAUCACAAUAAAGGAUUGCAUAGAAAGGAAACAAAAGUAUGAAAUCUUAAACAACUUCCCUUUUUCAAGUGAGACAAAAAGAAUGGGCAUCAUUUUAUAUAAUAGAGAAGCAGACAGAUAUAUAUUCUAUGUAAAAGGAGCUGAUGCAGUAAUGAAAUAAUUGGUCUAAGAACAUUAAAGAGGAUUCAUAGACGAGGAAUGCGAGAAUUUAGCAAGAGAAGGGUUUAGAACACUUGUGAUCACUUAAAAAUUGCUGACAAAAUAGGAAUAUGAAAAUUGGAAGGUGAAAUUUGAUUAGGCAAAUGAAUAAAUAGAAAAUAGAGAGACUUCAAUUUAGAAGGCAAUUUCAUUGUUAGAAAAAGAUAUGGAAUUCCUGGGCAUUACUGGUGUAGAAGACAAAUUACAAGAAGAUGUUUGUUCUACAUUGGAAAAUGUUAGAAAUGCAGGUGUAAAUGUGUGGAUGUUAACAGGAGAUAAGAUUGAAACUGCAAUAUGCAUAGCAAUAUCUAGUGGAAUUAAGUCACCAACCUAAUAGAUAUUUUUGAUCAAGGAAACUUCUGACCCUGAGAAAUUUUAAUAACAAAUUAAUACAUUUGGUGUCGAUACUAAUAAUCAUUUACUUGUAAUUGAUGGAACCAGUUUAAAUACUGCUCUUACAUACUUUGAGGAAUUAUUUUUCACAAUUGCCACUAAGAGUUAAUCAGUUGUUUGCUGUCGUUGUUCUCCAACUCAAAAAGCUUAAGUUACAGAGUGCAUUAAGUUCUAUACGAAGAAAGUAGUUGCAUGUAUUGGGUAUGAUUUCAUAAUUAUAAUAUAAAUUAGAGAUGGAGGAAAUGAUGUCGGUAUGAUCUAAUCAGCAGAUGUUGGAAUUGGAAUUGAAGGUAAAGAAGGGAAAUAGGCUGCACUGGCAUCUGAUUUCUCGAUAAUCAAAUUCAAAUAUUUGAAUGUACUCUUACUCUGGCAUGGCAGAUUAUCAUACAAAAGGAGUGCCUUAUUAUCUUAAUUUGUUAUUCAUAGAGGAUUAAUCAUUUCAGUUAUCCAAGCUGUUUUUAUGUUUGUGUUCUACUUUUUGUCUAUCAGCAUAUUUAGUGGCGGAUUAUUACUUGGAUAUUCUACAAUUUACACGUAUCUAUAUUAAUUAAUGGCUAGAAUGUUUCCAGUUUUUUCAAUAAUAUUUGAUGAAGAUGUUGAUAUUAAAAUAGCACUUUAAUAUCCUCCUCUUUAUAGGUCUUUACAAAAAGGGAGAGAUCUCAAUGCCAAGACAUUUAUGGUUUGGGUUUGGAAAUCUAUAUUCCAGGGAGUUAUAAUUAUGAUUUUGGCUUUGGCUAUGUUUAAGAAUAUCUUUUUGGAAAUUGAAACUGUAGCGUUUACAGCCCUCAUUUUUAAUCAAUAUGCUCUAACAUUGAGUGAGGUAAUUUUACAGUAUAAUAUUUUAGUUGCAUUCUUUGCACAUUGUAAUGAUCAUAUCGAAUAUUGCAUCUGCCUUCAUAUAUAUUUUGUCCAUCAUGUGGUUCCCAAAUCAACUAUUGGUUUCGGCUAUGACUUUUUAAUUCUUCUUUUACGUCAUUGUAAUUGUAAUGGUCAGUUGGUCACCUUGUUUUAUAGCCUAAAAGAUAUUGAAAAAAUAUGAUCCAUCUGACUAUGAAAAGAUCAUGGCGAAUGUAAAAAGAGAGUUAAUCAAUACCAAAAUUUUUAAGUGAUUGUUAAAAUCUUAUCUAAUUU